AUGACUAACAACAAUCGUUCAUCGUAUAUUCGUGUCGAAGAUCAAAAUCAAACAGCAUUAAAUGAACUUUUUUCUGUUGUGAAUAAUCCAACACAAUAUCGUACACAAUUAUUAUCAAAACCAUUUCGUGAUCGUGGUUUACCUGAAUCAUUUUUUCAACCACCAUCAUCAUCACCAAAUAAUACAUUAUCAAAAUCUACUGCAACAUCAUCAAGUUCAAUAAAUAAUGAACAACAACAAAAUGUACAGCGUCAACAUGCAAAAAAUCAACUUAGUUUACCUAACAUUCCAUCACAAUCAACUACAUUAUUACGUACAAUAAUUAAUAAUAAUCAUAUACAAGGACAUUUAAGAACUGUUAGUGAUACAGCUGUACUUGAUGGACAAGGUACAACAAUGGCAUCAACAAAUACAACAUUAUCACAAAUUAAUUCUCAAGUAUCAUUACUUCCAUUACCUGAUGGUUGGGAAGAAAAACAAACACCCGAUGGACAAGCUUAUUAUAUUGAUCAUAUGACACAAUGUACAACUUGGAUGGAUCCACGACCAAGUCAUUAUGCAGCAUUUCAAUCAUUUUGUGCUACACUUCCAUUACCUGAUGGUUAUGAACAAUCUCGUGAUGCACGAGGCAAUACUUAUUUUAUUGAUCAUAAUAAUAAACAAACAUGUUGGGAUGAUCCACGACCAAAUUAUUAUCGUUCGAUGAUGACUAAACGACUUGAUGUACCUAUUCCACCAACACCAAUGUCUAUUCCACAAUCAUCAACAUCACCUAUUCCAACAUCAUCAUCACCAUUUCAUCAACAACGACUUUCAUCAUCAACACUUUCACCAACAACAAGUAUGGCUCAAUUAACAACAAAUUCUCCACCAAUUGUUUCUCAACAACAAGAUCCAUUAAAAAAUAAACUUUCAGAAAUUUUAAAUGAACAACGAGCUUUACAACAACGUAAAGAAGAAUUAGAAAGAAUGGAAGCUGAUAUUCGUAAAAUGCUCAAUCAUCGUAUCAAUACGAAUAAUUCAUCGGCUGAUCAGGCAACAAUUGAUUCAUUAAUCGAUGAUUUACUUCAUCAUAAACGACAAAAUAGUGAAGACAGUGGAGUUGGUGAAGGUCGAAAUAGUAUUAAUCGUACACCUGAUGCAUUAAGCUCAACGGAUUAUGUUGAUGAUCCUCUUUUUCUCAAUCAAGCAGAUUACGCUGCAAUUCCAGUGGACAUGGAACUACCGGUACAGGACCCUCAGCCAAUGGCAGUUUUGGACGAUACACAACUUAAAAUCAAAUCUAUUAAACAAAAUCAUCAAUGGCUUUAUCAUGCCAAUACUUAA